AUGUGGCUACAACAACGCCUCCUUUACCACAAAAACGCGAACUUUGACAACCAACAACUUUAUCAAGCUGUCUAUAACGAAUUCUUGGAUUCUGACUUAAAUAAAUCUAUGAAACCACACCUUCCUUCAUUAAUUGAAGAUAAACACAAAGUUAUCAUUGGUGAACAUCAACCGAUUAUCCUUCAAAUAGCUGAUAUAUUUGAAGUUGGAGUCUCUUCACAAACUCUUCUUGAUGUAAUAAAUAGUCACUUGUCAGGUUCUUUGAAGCAGGGUCAUAAAUAUAAUGAUAUAAGUGACAAGCAAUAUGAAUCGAUUCAAUUUCCGCGGGGAAUGCUUAAGUUCCAACUAACUGAUGGUUAUCAAUCAGUUGAUGCUAUAGAAUAUAAGCCUCUUUCGAAUCUGAAUUUACUUACUCCAAUUGGAAUAAAGAUAUCAGUUAGUAAAGCUUUGAUUUUACGAGGAGUUUUACUUCUUGGUCCAGAAAAUAUCACUGUUCUCGGAGGGUAUACUGAGGAACAUAGGUCAAUCAAUGCAAUUAAAAUCCGUUUGCUGAAGCAAUUAGGCAUACCAAUCACAGAAAGUUCUUCGGAAAUUAACCAAAACCAAGAAACUCAAGAAACUAAGUCAGAUAAUGGAAAAGAAAUAUUUGAUGAUGAUGAGCUAUUUAAUGAAAAUGUAGUGUGGUCAAAUGAUCCUUUAAUCAUUGCAGACGUAACGCCUGAUGUCGACCGAGAUGUUAAUAAUUCAUCUAAUUCAAAUACUGAACAAAGUCAACAAAUUGAUGAUAAUUACGAUAAAGUCACUACUGAAAUUAUACAUGAUGAUAAUUACGAUAAAGUCACUACUGAAAUUAUACAUGAUAAUUGUUUAGAUAAAGAACCGACUAUUGAUAGGCAUAGUUUUAGUGAACCUUGGUUACAAAAUUCUCUAGUUAAUUUCGAUAUAGAUGAUAUGCUCUUUACCAAUUAUGAAGAUGAUUAUUUUUAUGCAAUGGAUGAAGAAACAUAUUUUGAUGAUUUGAAUUUAGUAAAUAUGUCAAAUGAUACUUGUCCACAAUUCAAUGAAGCGGAAAAAGUUGAGCAAAAUUUACCUGUUUUUGAGCUUGAAAGUCGUUCUGUUACCUUAAAUAAUAAAGGACACAAUACGAAAGCAGCCGAUAAUAAUUCACUCACCAGUUCACCACCAAACCUAUCAUCUUGUGACAUUUCACCUACCGUGCCGAAAUUCAUUGAUGGCCUUAUCCCAAUCGCAUCCCAGGAUAUGUUUUCAAGUCAAGAAGGAAUUUCUGAUGAAUUAGAUGACAUAUCAAAUGACGCGGAUAAAACUGUUCUAAUAAUAUCAGAUGAUGAAGAAGGGUUCACAUAUAAAGAAAGCGAAUAUUUUAGACGUGAAAAAAACAUCACGUUUAUCAAUGCUAUCACAAGAUACAGACGAGCUACCUUCUGA